AUGGCAGCCUGUCCUAGGCAGAGUCUCUUCCUGCUGGCGGGGCUUUCCGGCGUCGCUCUCUUCGCCUUCUGUCGCCUGUUCCCUGCGGAGGCUCGACAGUACCCUUUCAUUCGCUGCGCCCGAGCAGGCUGGUGUCUCGCAUGCAUUUGCGUCGACUACAAACUAUGGGGAAACAGAGAGAUAACUGCUUGCCACGCGCGUUCCGCGCAAAGGCUCCUGAGGCUCGCAGAAGCAAAUCGAGGCGUCUACAUCAAACUGGGCCAGCACGCAGCCGCAAUGGUUUACCUCCUCCCUCCUGCCUACACGGAGACGCUCUCAGUUCUUCAGUCCGAAGCGCCGCAUUCUUCUCUGGAAGACGUCUACGGCGUUUUGAAGAAGGAUCUGGGCGUCCACAGCCUCGAGGAGAUCUUCGAAGAAUUUGAUCCUCGGCCUGUAGGAGCCGCCUCUCUGGCGCAAGUGCAUUUUGCUCGGCUGCGCGACGGCUCGCCCGUGGCCGUGAAGGUCCAACACCGCGAAGUUGCAGAUUUGGCGCGUGCCGACGCACAGGUGGUGAAGACGCUCGAGGAAAUCGCUCAGCGGAUCUUCCCAGAAGUGAAACUACGCUGGCUCGCCGAGCUGCUGGAGACGAAUCUGCCGCAAGAAGUGGACUUUUUGAACGAGGCCGCGAACGCAGAGAGGCUGCGAUCUCUUCUGGAGAAACAAAGCUGCCUCUCGUACUCUCUCCCGUCGGCUGCCUACAACGCCCUCCUCGCGCCGUACCACCUGGUCAGCCUCUUCUCCUCCUUCCGGGUGCGCUGGAGGUCCAUGCGCCCUCAUUCCCCUCCGGCUUCGUCGCCCGAUGUUUCUCUCUCUGCUUCGCCUGCGUCUGUAGCUCCAGCUUCGCUGUCUCCGCAGCCUCACGAGAGCGCUGUGUGUCGCCAGAGCGUCCAAGGAUGUUCUUGGUCUGGUGAAUACAAAGUCGGAACAGAGCCUGAGACCGCCGCCCCCGGCGGUCGUGCGCGCGGCCUCGCUGCCUCAGCCUCUUCCCACCAACGAGAAACCGCGCGCCAGGAGGAAGCAGAAGGAGAGAGCGAGGGAGGCGAAGCUGUUCACUUUGCCGCUCCCAAGGCGGCAAAGGGGAGAGAGAGCGCUGGCGACGCGCGAGACAACACACCGCUUUCGCCACUCAGGGACGGCAGCGUCAGAGAUUACGAGAUCCAACUUCGCGUGCCCAACGUCUACCGCGAGUUGUCCACGUCGCGAGUCCUCGUCAUGGAGAGAGCUCCUGGAGUCUCCGUAGAUGACCUCGAAGGCCUGCAAAAGCAGCGCAUUCAUCCGCUGGCAGUGUCGCACGCCCUCAACCGUCUGUUCGAGGCUCUCAUCUUCCGAGAGGGGUUCGUGCAUGCCGACCCGCACCCUGGCAACAUUUUAGUUCACUUGCAACACGAGGACGGAGAGAGACACCGGCAGGAGGGACGAAUGCGAGGGCCAGGCCAGGCCGCCGAGACCAAACUGCGUUCUCCCUCCUCUCCUUCCCCUUCUUCUUCUCCUUCUUCUUCUCCCUCUGCUUGGUCAUCUUUCGGGUGGUUUUUCGGCCUCGGAAACUCGAAAGCCGCGCAGGAGGGCCGGAAAGUUCUCACGCUCUACGUCCUCGACAACGGCCUGUACUGUCAACUGAGCAAGGAAUUCCGCGAGCACUACGCUCGGCUCUGGCUCGGCGUGCUGCGCGGCGACCGACGCGAGACAGACGCGUGCUGCAGGUUUUUCGGGGUCGAGCAGUUGGCGGGGCUUCUGCAGAUCAUCCUCACUCUGCGCUCUGAAACAAGCCUUAAGGGAGGCAUUUCACGUUCCCGGAAGUCCGUUGAAGAAGACCAGCAACUUCGCGCCAGUUUCCCCGAGUAUUUCACACGCAUCACAGAGGUGCUUCAGUCCGUUCCGCGAGAGUUUGUGCUUCUUAUCAAAACCAACGACUUGCUGCGAGCGAUCCAACAGAAACUGGGACUGGAUGAACGUCUUGCGCUCCUGCCCAUUGCGCACGGCUCCUAUCUCCUCGCCACAGAGUGCAUCCUCGACAAACAGCCAAAUUUGUCUUUCUUUUGGAGAUGGUGGAUUUUGCUGCGGCUCAGGCUGACGCUCUGGGGCCUGAAUCUGGCGGAGAGACUGCUGGCGCGUCGAGCACUGCAGGACGUGCAAGAAACCGACCAGGCGCAGAGCGGCAAAUCGUCGCACGGGCCAACCAACUCAGCUCUCGAUGCGCUUAGCGGCGUUUUGCUGGCCCUCGUAUAG